GAGUUUGGAAGUAAAACCAGGUAAGGCGAAAAAAUAUCAGUUCCAGUUUCGAUAUUUUUCAAUUUCAAUUUAAAAUCUUUCAUCGAUUACCAUUCUAUCAACAACCUGUGGAUUUUCCAAUUUUAAUCUCGCACAUUAAAUUUGGUCUACCACACAUGUCUUGCACGCAGUGCUGGUAGCUGGGUAGUUCAUGGAAUAUGAGGUAAUACAAGUUCUAUUUCCUUUGUGGUGAUAGUCCGGUAAUUCUUUAGGCUUAACAUUCGUGAUGUUUCCUUUAACUAUAACGUCGACAUCAAGCAAUCUUUUACUGAAAUUGUACCUGAUUUCGAUGAGUUUCCGGAGAAUUUUCCUUUCCGCAUAAAGCAUUAAUCAUUAUAAGAGAUAUACACUAUUGCUUAAGUGAAAGUGAGUAAGGCUAAAUAUUGUCUAUCCAUGAAUGAUUCAUUGAGGUCUUACUUUGCCAAAGGAGUUUUUAUCACAUUCUCAGUCUCAUGCUCAGUUUUCCUCGAUUGCUUCACAAAAUGUUCUACUAACUUAGAUACCAAAAUUUAUUCUUUUUCAGGCUGCCGUAUACCAGACAUGAAUCCAUUCGACAUAACAGUCAAAGAGUUCAUCGAAACUCCAUCGAAAUUCAGCUGUGACAAAAUAAACGCGCCACUUUUUGACAGUAACGCUACAUCUUUAUACAUGUUAACAAGGUCAUUAAGUGUUUAUAACGUCUCAAAUUCUACCGACCUAACAUGUUGCUACAGAGACUUUAUUAGAUUGGACGCUGAAGGUUCCGGCGAAGAUAAUCGAGUUAAAUACAGCAAACAGUGUCAAAAAAUAGGCCAAGAACCUGUAAAUAUUAUUAAUAGUGAAUUUGUACGUGUAAGUUGUAAAAAUUCCGCUGAAAAGACAGUUUAUGAUGAUUUUUUUGCAUUCGUACCAGUUAAAAAGCCAAAGUUGAGUAUACCACGAAAAAAAUUAAAGCCAAACAUAUUAAUUAUCGGCUUAGACGCAGUAUCAAGACUGAACUUGCACCGGCAGAUGCCAAAAACUCACAAAUACAUAACCGAAAAUCUCGAUGCAAUCGAACUAUUAGGCUACAAUAAAGUAGCAGACAAUACUUUUGUUAAUCUAAUGCCAGUGUUUGCUGGAAUGUUCGAAUCAGAAUUGAAAAACUCUUGCUGGCCCGAAUCACGUUCGCAUUUCGACGAUUGUCCGUUUUUAUGGAAGAAUUACAGCGCAAAUAAUUACGUAACGGCAGUCGGAGAAGAUUGUGCCGAAAUCGGGUUGUUUUACUAUCAAAAAUAUGGCUUUAUAAAGCAAACUUCCGAUUAUUAUUACACGACGUUCGUCAGAGAGGCUGAAGGCACGAUAGGCACCGAUAAAAACGUGAAUUGUAGACAAUGCGUUGGAGCUAGAGAUGCCUACAAACUUAUUUUGGAUUACGUUAAAAAGUUUACUCGCACGAUGCACUUGCAAGCGGCGCCUUAUUUUGGAUUUUUCUGGAGUAACAGUUUGUCGCACGAUUACUUGAAUGAACCUGGCUUAGGUGACGAAAGUUACUACGACCUCUUCAAAACCCUUAAAGAAACUGGCGCAUUAAACGACACAAUACUUAUAUUUAUGAGCGACCAUGGUAUCAGAUGGGGCGGUAUCCGACAAACUUACCAAGGCCAAAUGGAAGAACGAUUACCGUUCGUCAUAAUGGCUCUUCCCGAAUGGUUCAAAUCCUCAUAUCCUCAAGCUGUGAUGAAUUUAAAACGAAACGUCCGAAGACUGACCACACCUUUUGAUCUCCACGAAACGCUCAAAGAACUGUUGGAUGUUGAUAAUUUACUGAAUCCUAGUGAUAAUAGUAAUUUUGUUUCGCGUGGCUAUAGUUUGUUUAGUAACAUACCCAAAACUCGUACAUGUAAAGACGCUGAGAUUCCUAGUCAUUGGUGCACUUGCCAGCAAAGUGCUGCCAUUUCCACAAACGACUCAGAAGUGAUAUCGGCAGCAAAAUUUGCCGUGUACCAUAUAAAUUCACAAUUAGCUGGUUACGCUCAAUGUGCCAUAUUAGAUUUAGAUGAUAUUAUUAAUGCAAGAGUGACAGUUUAUAAGGAAGAUCAUAUUACCAAUAAGAGAUCUACCAAAGAUUAUAUGCUCACUUUACAAACAAAACCUGGAGAUGGAAUUUUUGAGGUUUUCAGGUGACUGUAAGAUCAAGAGCGUUGAAGAAGAAAGCCAAGCGGAACGUGGAUUCUGUUACCAGAAAUAAAAUUGAAAUUGAAAAAUCAGCAUUGGACGAGGAGCGAUUUAAUAUUACAGGUACAAUCAGUCGCUUGAAUUUAUACGGAAAGCAAAGCUACUGCGUAACCGAUUUUCAUUCGAAGUUAUAUUGUUACUGUACUAAUUUAUUGAAUUUCUGAUACGUUUUUUGAUAAUUGUUACUUGUUACUUAUUAUAAAUGCCUUCUGGAAUUUGAGUUAUUUUUUGACCUUCUCAUUUCUCUAACUUUGCAUCUAGUCAUUGCAAUAAACAAUUGAAUAGGUAGUUAAAAUAUGGUUAAAAGAUUC